AUGCUUUUCACUACUGGACCUGGCCGCUUGUGCCAUAUACCCUGGAAUUUCAAUGUAAGGCCUUUGUUAACAUCGAGGUUUUCCACUACGCCGAAGUACUUCCAAGUAAACAAAAUCCCAUUUGACACCAAAAAGUUUAAUGAUGAUCUUAUGAGCAAUGACUUCAACGAAAAACAGUCAGAGGCAAUAAUAAGAAUAGUAUCGCAAUCUAUGGGGAAAGGAAUAAAGACCAUCACUAAUGAUUUCAUAUCCAAAGAAACGCUAUCCACAGUUUCUUAUAAGCAGAAGGUUGACUUCGUGAAGUUGAAAGGUGAAUUACAAUCCCUUGAUACAAGUGAAUUCACGAAGAUGAACAAUGAGUAUGAAAGAGUUAAACUAGAGCUUGAAAAGUUGAGGCAAAAGAUCAGAGAAGAAAUCAGCAAAUCACAGGCGGGCGUUAGACUUGACUUGAGUUUAGAGAAGGGUAGAUUAAAGGAAGAAAGUUCGAUGCAUCACUUACAUAUUAAAGAAACAGAUACAAGAAUCGACCAGGAAAUCAGUAACAUGAAAAUGCAAAUAGACAGUAUGAAAACCCAGGUGAUGCAAUGGUUAAUUGGGGUGUGUACUGGUACCUUUGCCUUGAUUUUGGCAUACGUUCGUUUGGUAGUGUGA